ACAAGAAACGAAAGAAGUUAGGCGCUAAGGCUGAAUUCGAAACACUCUCCAAAUUACUCCGAUCACUACCGCCCACCGCUAUUUCUACUCCGACUAUUCUAAUUUAUAAUUAUUUUAUUUUAACAAAGCACAAAGACCAUUAUACCUUCCUCUUCUUCCCGCUGUUUCCCCUCUCCAUCUCUCUCUUCUCUUCUUCGUCGGACUAACCUAACCCAAGAUUCUCGCCGCGAGUAGGCUUUUUCGAAAAGUCACGUUCUCACUGCCCGGAGAUUCCCCUCACAUGGCCGCGACAUCAAAAUCCGGAGAAGAUCCGAGUCUCUCCUAUACUCACCAAUCUCCCUUCAGGUUCGACCUACUCCAAUCUCUCGAUCCACGUCACUCGUCCUCCUCGACUCCUUCUUCUACGAAUCGACCAUUCUCGGUCUCUCAGCCGCUUCAGAAUGCUCAAUCGCCUCAAAUUCAAGCUCACUGGGACGACUCCUACUCCCCAAUCACUCAGCAAUUCAAAAGUAGAAACAUGCCUGGGGAAACCAUAGAUAUAGCUAAAGUCAUUGUGAAACAAGAAUCUCCUCAAGAGAGUACUAUGUGUGGAAACAAGUCAAAAGUUACUAAACAAUCCAAAGCAGUUAAGCUAGCUCAACAACUUGGUGGACCUAAUGGAAGUAAUAACUGUCGUUAUGAUAGUUCUCUAGGGUUGUUGACAAAGAAAUUCGUCAACUUGAUCUUAGAAGCCGAGGAUGGCUCACUUGACCUUAACCAUUGUGCUGAUGUUUUGGAGGUGCAAAAAAGAAGGAUAUAUGAUAUUACAAAUGUACUUGAAGGAGUUGGAUUGAUAGAGAAAACUACAAAGAACCAUAUUCGCUGGAAGGGUGCUGACAAUUUGGGACAGUUAGAACUGGGAGAUCAGAUUUCUAGGCUUAAGUUAGAAGUAGAAAGUAUGCAAUCUGAAGAAAGCAGGUUGGAUGACCUUAUAAGGGAAAGACAAAAGGCGCUGAGAUCCUUGGAGGAAGAUGAAUGUAGUAGAAGGUACAUGUUUAUGACAGAGGAAGAUAUAACAAGCCUUCCACGCUUUCAGAACCAGACCCUCUUGGCGAUUAAAGCUCCUACAGCUAGUUACAUUGAAGUCCCAGAUCCUGAUGAGGUGAUGAGUUUCCCGCAAAGACAAUACCGGAUGGUGAUCAGGAGUAGGAUGGGACCGAUUGAUGUCUACCUUUUAAGCAAAUACAAAGGAGAUGACAGUAGGGAAACAAAUGAGUCCGAUCAAAAUGCGCCAUCUGGAGUGGACACUCCUUCCUUGAAAAUUGUAACUUCAGAUACUGAUUUAAAAACAGAUUACUGGUUCGAGUCAGAGGCAGAAGUGAGUCUUACAGAUUUAUGGAACACUUUUACUGAGAAUUAAGUUAUUGAAAACCUCAAAUUCCAACUUCUGGAGAAGUAUGAGUGAUAUAAAUCUACAUAUUACUUUUUACACUACGCCUUUGAGAUUGAAUCCCUUACUUUUGCUCUUAUUAUCUCUUUAUAAAAGAUGAAACAUUCUAAUGUUAGGAUAUAUCUGGAUAAUAAACCCACAAAAAUAUAUAAUAAUUAAUUUUGGC